GAAAUUUCCAAGCGAAGCACCAAGUCGUACCACCACUAAUUCUUUUUUCGUAGCAGUUUUCAUUUAAAUUUAUUCUUUUAAAUAACUUUAUUGGCCGCUGCUUCAUCAAUUCGAAAAAAUGGCACCAACAAAAGGACGUGGAAGACCAAAGAAGGAUGCAUCCUCCGAAGCUAAGACUGAAGAAACCACAGUUGCCUCGCCAAAAGCCGCGAAGAGCCCCAAAGUAGAAGCAUCUCCCGCACAAAAUGGUGCCAAGAAAGCUGGACGUGGUCGUCCUGCAGGCAAAGCUGCCGCCAAGCCUGCCGCAAAGGCCAAGAAAACCGAAGAACCAAAAGCAACGACUCCUUCGAAACGCAAGGCAGAAGAAGAACCAGAAUCUGCUCCAGCAGCAAAAUCACCAAAGACUGCCAAAGGAGGUCGUGGUCGUCCAAAGAAAGCUGAAGGAGCUGCCAAGAAGUCCACUGCCAAAUCGCCAGCCAAGGGUGCAAAACGCGGCAGAAAACCAGCUGCUGACGAUGUUGAUGGACCGGAAGAAGUUGCUGAGACGAAAAAAGCAUCAAAAUCGACGAAAAAGGAAAAAGUUGAAGCAAACGGCGAGUCUGAACCAGUUCCCAAGAAACGUGGAAGAGCAAAAAAGAGCGUUGAAGAACCUGUGGAAGAGGAAGAAAACGGUGAAGUAGAGCCUCCUGUGAAAAAACCUACAAAAGAAAAGGUUGCCAAAGCCCCCAAAGAGAAAAAAGCUAAAGCCGAGCCCAAACCGAAACUGAACAAAGCUGCCACUAACUUUAGUAACAUCGAUUUCGGGAUUCCUGGCGGUGAAAAGGAGUUCAACUACAAAAUUUCCUCUAUUAACGUUGCCGGUCUUCGUGCGUUCAUCGAAAAAGGCGGUUUUGAGUUUGUCGAGCACGAAAAGCCUGACAUUCUGUGUUUGCAAGAGACGAAAUGCGUGGAAGAUCAGUUGCCGGAUGCAGCGAAAAAUCUCAAAGGUUACCAUCCGUAUUGGUUGUGCAAGCCCGGAGGACAUGCCGGUGUCGCCUUAUACUCGAAAGUCAUGCCAAUUCACGUGGAAUAUGGCAUCGGAGACCCAGAACAAGAUUCCGAAGGACGCAUUUUGACAGCAGAAUACGAGAAAUUCUAUCUCGUUUGUACUUAUGUGCCAAAUGCGGGUCGAAAAUUAGUCACGCUGGACAAACGUUUGCGCUGGAACAAGCUUUUCGAGGCACACGUGAAACGUUUGGAUGCCAAGAAACCCGUUAUUAUUACGGGAGAUAUGAAUGUGGCACACGCUGAAAUCGAUUUGGCGAAUCCAAAGUCGAACAAACGAAAUGCUGGUUUCACGCAGGAGGAACGUGAUGGCAUGACGGACUUGCUGAAUCUCGGAUUUGUCGAUACUUUUAGACAUUUUUAUCCGGACAAGGAGAAGGCGUAUACUUUUUGGACUUAUAUGGCAAAUGCGCGUGCAAAGAAUGUUGGGUGGCGUUUGGAUUAUUUCUUGACGUCGGAACGCUUUCUCGGCAAGGUGGUUGAUAAUGUCAUGCGAAGCGAAGUUAUGGGAAGUGACCAUUGUCCGAUUACUUUAUUCUUGAAAUUGUAGUUGGAAAAACAUGACCAAAAGCUGUAAGAUG